AUGGAACCAAGAAAUGAAGGCACUCGAAGAGGCCCGCGGCCUCAAAGACGCCAGCCUUUCUUCUCUAAGGACUUGAAAGUUAUCAUGUACGCGUUUGGAGAUGAUUUCCAACCUUUCACAGAAAGUGUCAAUACCCUCGAUGAAAUCGUUACGGAAUACAUCAUUGAAAUGUGCCAUGAAGCUGCAAAAUCUGCGUCGCACGCCCGACGGAACAAGAUCAAAGUAGAUGACUUCAAGUUCGCGCUUCGCCGGGAUCCAAGAAAACUUGGGAGAGUUGAGGAAUUGCUUGCGAUGACCAAAGUAAUCCAGGAUGCACGCAAGCAAUUUGACGAAACUGGCACUACCAUCAAUCCUAGAUAG